UCAACAUUAGAAGGUGUGAAAGUAAACAUAUACUUUGGACAGGUCACAAACUGAAACUCUCAAUACACACAAUCAAUCACGGGAUUAGGUAACUGUUGAAUGUAGGAUCUGUCUGAAUCUGAUUCAAUGGGUGAUUCAAAACCUGUACGACUGAAAUCAGCGUCAGGCUCGCUCGAUUCGUCAGUCGUAGCGGAGGGAAAUAUGUCUGGCGAUUUGUUGUCAUUAGAUAUUUUGAGAGACCCACCCCCAGGGCCACUCGAUGAAUACAGAAAGAGAGCAUCGUUUGACUGGAAGAAAAUGAAAAUGUUUUACUACGAAGAAGACAUUCUUCGAUUUCAGAAUAAAAUAUGGACAACAUUGGAGAAGGACCCUAUUUUUUCAAUGCCAAUGGAAACUCCUGCAGUGAAAGACUACAGAGAAGCUACAUUUUUAAGAUGCAAACGUUUGUUUGAGUACAAUUUGAUCAAUGAUGAAGAAAUCUUCAAUAAUCCACUUAAACACAAAAUGUUCACAGACUGUAUCGGAAUGUAUGAUUGGUCAUUAUCUGCCAAAUUUUUACUGAAUGUUGAGAUGACAGGGGGCACAAUUACAGCCUCAGGAUCCCCACGACAUGGUGAGAUUGUGGAGAAAAUCAAAAACUUUGAGUAUUUUGGCUGUUUUGCUCUGACAGAACUUAGUCAUGGUAGUAACACGAAGGCCAUGAGAACAACAGCACAUUACAUACCAGAAACACAGGAGUUUGAGCUGAACACACCUGACUUUGAAGCCACAAAGAUUUGGUCAGGAAACAUGGGUAAAACUGCUACCCAUGCUAUAGUGUACGCCCAGCUGUAUACCCCCGAUGGAGGGUGUCAGGGCCUCCAUUCCUUCGUUGUUCCUAUCCGGGACCCAAAAACCUUACACUGCAUCCCUGGGGUAGUGGUGGGGGACAUGGGGGAGAAGCUAGGACAGAAUGGGCUGGACAAUGGAUUUAUGUCUUUCAACAAUUACCGCAUUCCUAGAGAGUAUCUACUGAACAAAACAGGGGAUGUAACUCCUGAGGGAAAAUAUGUUACACCAUAUAAGGACCCUAGUAAAAGAUUUGGGGCCUCAUUAGGGGCAUUAUCUGGGGGCCGAGUGGGUAUCACUGGUAUGUGUGUAUGUAACCUGAAGCUCUGUAUGCCUAUUGCCAUCAGAUACUCAGCUGUCAGGAGACAGUUUGGUCCCACAGAGAAGGAGGAAAUUCCAGUCAUAGAGUAUCAACUUCAGCAAUGGCGCCUGAUUCCAUAUUUAGCAGCGACCUAUGUUCUGGAGCACUUUGCAGACAGUUUUUUUAUGGACUAUGCCUCGCUGAGAAUCAGCAUUAUGGUGGGGGAUAAAUCAGAGAGAUCAGCUGAACUGGGUAAAGAAAUCCACGCCCUGUCAUGUGCCAGCAAACCUCUAGCUGGCUGGAUAGCUAGAGAUGCCAUUCAAGAAUGUCGAGAGGCCUGCGGGGGCCAUGGGUACUUCAGGGUGAACAGACUUGGUGUACUGAGGAAUGAUAACGAUCCUAACUGUACUUACGAAGGAGACAAUAACGUCAUUCUACAACAGACCAGCAACUAUCUGUUAUCUCUGCUGGACAGGAUUUCAAAUGGUGAGGAGAUCAAUUCCCCGUUGGAGAGUGUCAACUUCCUUAACAAUAUGAAGAGCAUCCUGAAGUCUAGAUUUACCCCGACCUCUGUAGCCCAGUGUAUGGACCCUGAGGUGUGUGUUAAUGCUUUCCGUUGGCUUGUGUGUCGACUUCUGAUUGACAGUUCUCAGAGAUUACAGUCCCAGUCUCAGAAGGGCAAUGAUGGAUUCACAGCCAGGAAUAACAGUCAGGCCUACUUCUGCAGGUCACUGGCACUAGCUUAUAUAGAGCUAACAGUCCUUGACCGGUUUGUGACCUUGUUACGAGAGGGCAAAGAUGGAGAUCUUGUUCCUGCAGAUCUUGUUCCAGUUUUGGUCCGUAUUGCUGCUCUGUUUGGACUCUGGAGUCUUGAGAAACACCUGACAACAUUGUAUCAAGGAGGCUACAUAUCAGGAAGUGAGCCACCUAAGAUGAUCAGGGAGGCCAUUUUACAGUUGUGUUAUGAACUUAAAGAUGAUGCUGUGGCUCUCGUUGAUGCCAUUGCUCCUACAGACUUCAUUCUGAAUUCUCCGAUUGGCAAAUCUGAUGGACAGAUUUAUAAGAACUUGUACAGUGCAAUGAUUCAAGGACCCAAUGCUUUAGAAAGACCCACUUAUUGGAAAGAAUUUGUGGAUAAACCUGUAAUUGGAAGCAAGUCCAAAUUAUAAAAUGAAACUCUUCUUGUUAGAGCUUUGCUUAACAAGUCAAGAUAUUUUGUGUAUAAUACAUUUAUCACCAGUGACAGAUAUUAUUUACAACAUAUCAAUAAAAAGAGAAUACAAAACAGAUACUUGUUUGCUAAGAUUUUAUUCUACAUGAAGAGAAAUGAAUGGCUAUAAAAAUCAGUACUAUGAUUAAUACUUUGUUAAUCGGUCAUUUAUAAAAUGUCACUCAUUUCUAGAGGAUUUAAUAUUACAUGACAACAUGUUUGUUGAUGGAAGAAAAAGAAACAGCCUACCCUGUGUGUGAUUGUGAAAUUUUGAUUC